AUGAAUGUUUUUCAGGGAUUCAAUUUCUACAAAAGAUGUGUUUCGGAUUCAAGUUCAUGGCCAAAUUUCUGCUAAUAAUCUGAAUAAAAUACAUUUUUAAAAUUGAAAAUCUGUGGGUCUUAAAAAUACAAUUCCCCAAUAUUUCCUGGAAUUUUUUUCUUGAUAACUUUAUGCCUUUCAAGUAAAUUCUCUCAAUCUCCGACCCAAAUCUUGGAAUUGAGCAAAAACGUGACCUAUCACUCGAAGUGUACCAUAAUUUUUGAGAUUAGUAUCUCUCUGUCUCGCCAUCUCCCCAUCUUCAAAGGGACACUAAAAACAGUCCCCCUUCCCUAGUACAGCAGACGCUUCGAGCAACGCGGCGUGCAUAUAACUUUGGGAAGGUUAGUUAGUAUGUACAUAAUGUUUGGUAUUUUUUCAUUAUUCAUUUUUGUUAUAAAUCUUUUUAGUUUUUUGCCUUAAAAUAAUUUAAAAUUACUAAUUUUCAGCAGCAAAUGAAGGAUGGUGUAGAAAUAAUUUGUCUGAAUUGUCCAAAACAAAAAGAGCACGUGGAACAGUUCGGAACAGGAAUUGAAAAAUGUAUUCAUUCUCUAUAUCCUUCUUUGACCAAUCAACGGGUCGAUGUAAGUUUUUUUUGAAUUUUCAAUUAAAUAUUUCAUAAUCUUAAAAUUUCAGCUCAUAAAUGCAGAUAUUUUCCCAGAAAUGAUCUGCUCAAUUUGCCUGAAUGUUAUGGAUUAUAACGGAAUAACCGCAGGAAUUCGAGGAUGUAUUCAUUAUUUUCAUGCGUCUUGUCUCGAUAAAUGGGUAGAGGUGUGUUUUUUAAACUUAAAAUAGUUUUUACUUUACUCCCGAAUAUUUUUAAAAAUUUCUUCAGACAUUUGAAGAGAGAGGAGGAAAACCAACGUGUCCAACAUGUCGAAAAAAUGGAGAUUUUGUGGAUACAAUCCUUGAAACAAAUCGUCGAUUUUGGAGAAUUCAAACCAAACCCGAUGUAGCGUGUAAAGAAGAUUUUGGUGAAAAGAACUGCACAGUUUGUAAAAUGGACUGGAACAAUGAAUUUUCUCUCACUUGUUCAGAUUGUCAAUCUUGUGUUCACACAUAUUGUCUCGAUCCUCCUAUCAAAAUGGAAGCAAACAUAUCUUGGCGAUGCAAGAAAUGUUGGCUGCAAGUGAGUUUUUGAAUUAGGAGAAUUACUUCUCACAUUCAAUUAUUCCUGUUCUUUUUUUCAGAAAACGUUGUCAUUCAAUGGAACACAACUUUCUAUAAUGAGUUUUUUGAACGCGACCAGCGGAAUUUGUCGAAGUUAUCCAUUAUUGAUGGCAACCAAAAAACAAAUUGCAAUUAUUGGAUCAGGGCCAUGCGGUUUGGCAGCAGCUACACAUCUUUCCAGUUUUGGGCACGAUGUUCAUGUUUACGAAAAGAAUGAAAAAUGUGGUGGAUUAUUGCGUGAAGGAAUUCUUACAAUGAACAUUUCAAGAAUCGCAAUCGAUAAGAUAUUGAAAAAUAUGGCCAAUUCUGGAAUUAAAUUCAUUUGCAACAAAUAUAUCGAUAACGAAGAAUACCGUGGUUUACUCACAAAAUAUAAUGCAGUAAUAAUUUGUACUGGAGCUCGAAUGAUUCGCAGAGAUUUUCCUGACAAUUUGAAUAAUAAGGAUGGUAUAUAUUAUAUACCACGAUAUUUCUCAAUUGACGAAAAUAAACGAGAACGAUUAAAACAUUUAACCUCAGGUAGACGUGUCAUAUAUAUUACCAAUAACAAACUUUCGGAAGCUCGUGACAUAUUAUUUUUGAAAAAGGUGAGUACAUGAAAACAGUUUUUGAAUAUCUUUUUGAUGAACAAAACUAUUUCAGGUAUGUAAAACUGUUGAAAUCAUCGAACUUCUUCCACAACCCAAGAAUAGUCGCCGCAACGUUGAUUUCGAGUUUCCAUGUCCCAAAUUAUGGCCAUGUUUUAUCAAAAGUACCAAGGAUAUUGUAGUGAUUGAAAACAAUAAUAAGAAUGAAGGAGUUCAAGCUGCAGAAAUAGUCAAAAGUAUUAAAAUUACGAAAACACCAGUAGGAAACGAGGCUUUCAAAGGAUUGGAACUUAUUCAUGUGGCGUGGGAUUCUAGUAACUCAGCAUUCAGAGAAUUUCCUGAUACACAACGUAUAAUCAGAUCUGAUUUAUUGCUUGUUUCAAGUGAGAUUAUUCGACCAAGUACAAAAUCUAGUCCUGAUUUUGGUUUGAAUUAUGAUGAUUCCUCAAACAUCAUCACCACUGAUAAUUCAUUUAAAACUGGAACUGAUAAAGUAUUUGCUGCCGGAGAUUGUGUUCAUGGCGAGACCACGCUUUCACAAGCUUUUUUGAAUGGCUUUUGUGUUGCUCAACAAGUUAAUCAAUUUUGUAUGCAAUAUCAUAAUGAUCUGAUUCGACUGUUACAAAACCACAGGAUAUAA